CAUGCAUGAGAAGAAUAAGUCUCAUGAUGAAAGGGAUAAUCAAGCUUUGAAAUUAGUAGAACGCCUUUUGAAAUUGUAUCCCAUAUCCAUCAGUGGUCAGCUUGAUAUACUUUACGCGCCUAAAGAAUAUGUACUGGAGCGUAUGACACCUCGUGUACUAUUAUUUACUGCAGCAGAAAUGGGCAACACCAGAUUUUUAAUUGAGAUUGUUAGAAUGUUUCCACAUAACAUAUACCAGACAGAUGGUUUUGGCAAAAGUAUAUUUCACAUUGCUAUAGAGCGCCGUAACAAAGAUAUAUACAAUCUAUUGUAUGAGACAGUUUCAUACAAUAGAGAACUAUCUGGGUGGGAAGAUUUAAAGAAAAACAAUCUUCUACAUCUUCUCGCGCUGACCACAAAGAAUACAGCACAACUUCAUCAGACAGGGUCUAAAGCAUCUAUACUAAUGCAACGAGAACUAUUAUGGUACAAGGAGGUAGAAAUGUUGGUGCAGCCUUCGUUCAGAAAUAAAAAGAACGAAGAUGGUAAAACGCCCUAUGAGAUAUUUUCAGAGAAUAACGAAGACUUGGUUUCCAAAGGAAUGAAAUGGACAAAAGAUUGCAUGGUGGUUGCCACUCUUAUAAUCACCGUAGCUUUUGCAGUUGCUUUCACGGUUCCUGGUGGCUACGACCAAAAGACUGGGAUUCCUAUCUUGGAUCAUGACACUAGUUUCUUGGUUUUCAUAAUAGCAGACGCCUUUUCCUUAUUUACUUCAUCAACUUCACUCCUGGUGUUCUUGUCUAUCCUUACAUCUCCUCAUGAUCAACGUGAUUUCUUGUAUGCAAUGCCUGUGAAGCUGAUGAUAGGUCUUGUGGCACUAUUUAUGUCUGUAGCGGCCAUGAUGGUUACCUUUGCUGCCAGCUUCUUUGUGAUUUAUCAAAACACAUACAAAUGGCUGGCAAUAAUUAUCAGUGUAUCUGCAGCUACACCGGUCAUCACAUUUGCUAUAUUACAAUAUCCUUUUGUGAUGGAUAUGUAUCGUUCGAUAUUUAAUCCAAGGUACUUGUUUAAUACCGGGAAAUGUGUACUUUACGACAAAAAAAAGAGGUUGUAAAUGUUCAAUCUUUUGCUAGAAAACUGAUGUAAUUGUUUAUAGCGUGUUGGUAUCCGCUUGGA